CAGCACGGAAGUCGGAAGAUAGGUUUCCACAACAAACGCUUCCACGUGAAUUGUCAUUAUGUAACUAGCGAACUUCGGACUCGGUUAUAAAACUAUUACCUUCCAAGAUGGCUCUUGCCCGAGCUGAUAGGGCUAUUGGAGCAAUUAUCGGUGCAGCUGUGGGAGAUUCUGCAGCACAACCACUCCAUUGGGUCUAUGACUUGCAGAAACUAAGUGUGUUACUCUCUGAAAUGCCUCAACCAGAAUUCUGGCCAGAAUCGUUCAAUCCAUUUUACCGGAGAAACACCGGGCAGAAGAGCUGUUAUGGAGAUCAGGCUUUUGUGCUCCUGGAGUCCCUCUCUGAGUCUGGAGGUCUUAGUGUGGAUGAUUUGAAGCAACGUACCUACAGGUUUUUUGGACCUGGAUCUGAAUAUGACACACCACUCAAUGAUCCAUACAGAGAGAAAGGAGCUCCCAGGCCUCAACUACCUAUUGAGGGACCCUGGAGACAUGCAAGCCUUAAGAGCUUUAUUAAAAAUGUGGAUGCUGGCAAAGCAGAGACAGGUUGUGAAACAGAUAACCAAAUAGAUGGAGUGGCAAAGCUUGCUCCCAUUGUCGCCUGCUAUGCUGGAAAGCCAGAGAUGUUGGAGAGGGUUGAGGAAGCCAUCCGUGUCACUCAAAACGAUGACAUGUGUGUGGCUGUGACUCUUUCUGCUGCAAGGUUCUUGGAGCAUUUCAUCCUGAAUGGUCCUGAUCCAAUGGCUAUGAAGGCUGUACUGGAACAGCUUAGUGACCCAAGCAGAAGUAACCCUCAGGAGUUGGACAAAGCUAUAAUUGGGCAAAUUCAUAAAGUAAAAGAGAAUCUUAGCAAGAAUCACAAAGAGCUCAUUCCUGUUGUGUUCCCAAACACCUGAGGUUUGCCUGGUGCAUUCCAGGCAGCACUGCAUGGAGUUCUGACAGCCAAAAGCUAUGAGCAGGCUAUCCGGGACACCAUGAGCUGUGGGGGGUGCACCUGUAGUAGGAGCUCCUUCAUUGGAGCCUGCAUUGGGGCUCAGGUUGGGCUUGAAGGAAUCCCAUCUACAUGGAGGAGCAAGACUUUGCAUUACAACACUUUGCUAGAUCUAGCAAAGAAAGUUGUUAAUCCUUUAUAAGCAAACAAGUUAAAACAUGUAAUAUAAAUAUUUCAGCUGCCUUUAGCUAAUCUUACAAUUGUAAUUUAAUUAGACAAUUAAUGAAAGUUUUAGCUUUAAACUACGGAAGGUUGAAACUUGAUAUCUUUGUUCUGUUAAAUUGCAGCAGGACAUGCUGAAAGGGACAUAUAUUAAACAGAUGUUUAACUCAAA